CAGCUCAGGAGACAGACUUGGACUGACUCUACACCCAGAUUCUCACAAGGGAAGGAGCUGGAAUAGCACAGACUUCAAGAUGACCUUUUCUUGUGAAUGAUAAGAUUAGGAUCCUGGAGAUUCAAAAUGACCUAAGGGCUUGCGUAGAACCCUUGACAGGCCUGUUGACCUUUUCCUUUCUCAAAACUAAAGAUUCAUCCUGUUCUGUGCUGAAGAUGUUUCCAGAACAACAAAAAGAGGAAUUUGUAAGUGUCUGGGUUCGAGAUCCUAGGAUUCAGAAGGAGGAUUUUUGGCAUUCUUAUAUUGACUAUGAGAUAUGCAUUCACACUAAUAGCAUGUGUUUUACCAUGAAAACAUCAUGUGUACGAAGAAGAUAUAGAGAAUUUGUGUGGCUGAGGCAGAGACUCCAAAGUAAUGCACUGCUGGUACAACUGCCAGAACUGCCAUCUAAAAACUUAUUUUUCAAUAUGAAUAAUCGCCAACAUGUAGAUCAACGUCGACAGGGUUUGGAAGAUUUCCUCAGAAAGGUCCUACAGAACGCACUUUUGCUCUCAGACAGCAGCCUUCACCUCUUCUUGCAGAGCCAUCUGAACUCAGAAGACAUAGAGGCGUGUGUUUCUGGGCAGACUAAGUACUCCGUAGAAGAAGCGAUUCACAAGUUUGCCUUGAUGAACAGACGUUUCCCCGAAGAAGAUGAAGAAGGAAAAAAGGAAAAUGAUAUAGAUUAUGAUUCAGAAAGUUCAUCCUCUGGGUUUGGACAUAGUAGUGAUGACAGCAGUUCACAUGGAUGUAAAAUGAGCACAGCUCCGCAAGAAUCCUGAAAAAUAAUUCUAAUGUUAACAUCUGAGGAACAGCAAAUGAUGUCCAGUCAUAGGGAAGAAAGCUUGCUAAUAAUAUAUUCUUACCUAAAGUUCACUGUCAUGAUGUUAGGUAUUUAAAUUCUUACGAGCCUCUGGGUUGUUUAUUAGUGGUAUUUUUCCAUUGUCUUAUUUUGGUUAAGCUUCUGUAAUAAGCUAAAAGCCUGUGAAUGCAAUACUUACCUCCCUAGGCAGACAUUACUGGUAAAACAAGAACCUAUUGUGAAUGAUUUAUAUGUGUAAAAUAUAGAGUUGGCUUAUUGAAUCUUAAAAGAUAGGUAAAUAGGUAGCAUUUAAAAUCCAGGUAGCGCAUUCCUUCUUGUAUCAAUGGAGCAGUGUUACUAUAAACACAGUGUGUUUGGUCUUCACCACUAUAAAGACCCACAGCAGCUUAGACCAACCUGUCUCUUUCAGACAUGCGGCUCCUGUUUUGUGGACACCUCCCCUGCACUGGAAACACUACUUUUUGGGUGUUUGAGAUAUUUUAGGAGCGUUUAACCUUUCCAGUAUUCUAUUUCACACUCAGAUGGAAUAUGUAUAUUAUCACUAGAGACAUGUUAAAAUAAUGCUUUCAUGUUAGAAAAACAGAACUACUACUAGUAAUCUUGCAAUGUAUCAAUUCAGACAUCCAUUUUCAUUGUCCAAAAGCAGCUUAAACACAUGGUUUCUAGAAAGAAAUCAUUUGUUGUCAUUAUCAUUGUAUAAUUACAAUUAUAGUUUAAUGAUUUAUUUUCUGACUAAAUGUGUCAUUCCUUAUCACUAGAUAACUUUCAUUGGUUGGUACUUGUUACUUUUCUUAAAGUUAGAAAUAGGAUCUUAUAAAAAUUAAUACAUUUAAUUUUACUAAUGAAUAGUCCCAUAAUGUAGAAAAAGGACAUCAACUUGCUGAUUUCAGAAUUAUUCAUUUUAAAUAUGCCAUUUCUUUUUAGGCAUCUCCCUGAGGAUGGGUAUAAUUUUACUAAAAUAUCUUUUUUUUUUUUUUUAGUGGCACAAAGAUAAAAAUGUCUAAAACUACUUUGCACAUCAAAUUUCAGAUGAGACAGCAUUUUCUUGAGAUAAUUGUCCAAGUUUCUUUCUUGUUAAAUGGUACAGAAUAUCUCUGACACAGGAGGAUAUUUUCACAUAACUGGGAAAACUUGUUGCUUUAAUUAAAUGUUACUUCAUUUUGUUUUAACAAGGAGCUUAAAAGUCGCUGUAUUAAAAAGUCUUUGAAAUGCUUCUGAGAACAGAAACAAAUGAAAUUUAGAAUAAGAAUGAUUUCCUUAACUUUUCCUGUUUUUGUUUUUUGUUUGGUCUAAAACAUAAUUAAACAUUUGUAAAUAUUUUAAUUUAAUGUAUCUUUGAUACUGUGAAUUUAUCAUUUAAAACUCAUUAUUUUUAUUCAGGGGAAAAAAAGAUUUAGCAAUUUCUUUAUCUUGCUAGCAUGUGAAGUUUGCCAUCUAGUCAUUUAGGAGCAAUCCCUCGCUCCUCAGUAAUAUUUAUUUCAUUUCACAUUAUUUCUGUAUUACAGCAGUUUUCAAAAGCAUCCAAUGUACCACCAAUUCUCAUAUUUUUAUGAUGUAACAUAGCCAUUAUAAUUGAUAUUAACUAAUGCCCAAUACCAUGGUAUAUAAACUUCACAAGAUCAUCGUUUUCACAUUAAACAUGAAAAAAUCAACUUAAGUUUGUUGGAUUACUUAUUUUACAUGAGAGAAUUUAUUUCUUCAGAUUUAGACCUAAAUUCAGUAUGUUUCUGAAUGGCAAUUUUUCACAAGAAACUUUGGUAAAAUUUGUUUUACUAUUCACUAUAGUUGUAAACAUUUGAGGCUUUUUGCGCUGACUUGAUUGUUUUGCUAUGUAAGCACUGGUUUCUUAAAACUGAUUUCCUGCAGCUGAGAUAUUUAGAUGAACUUCAGCCCCCAGUGGCUUUCUUGUUCUGUUCAAGCCUCUUACUUUUCUCUGGCUUAUUUUCAUAAAGUUUUCCUUAGGAAGAGAAACUAGUUACCUAAGUAAACUAAAUAUAGAUUUGAAAUUAUUUUUAAUGUAACUUAAAGAAUUCAAAUACUGGAUGCUUUGUGAUUUACAUAUAGCAAAACUGUUUUUCCCUGGCUAAUUCUGACAGGGUGAACUUUCACUUCUAAAGCCAGUUUAUAGGUUUUGUUUUAAAAUUGGUUUUAUUAUAUAUAAUCCGUACGUGUCAACAAUAAAAGUCAACAACCUGUUACUUAGAGUUUCUUUUAAAGUCUCACUUGGAAGAAGCUGAUUUAAAGUCUAGAUAAAAUUCAAAGUUUUAAAAAUGACUGAAAAGCACAAAUGUUUAAGCAAUAUUUUAAGUCCCUCUUAAAAUACUAAGUAUCUUGCAGUAGUUUUUCAAGCCUAGCUCUUAUUUUAUUGAAUAAUGACAAACAAGUGAUUUGCAAUAACCUUGCUAUUGUAAGGUGAAAGAAUAAUAUUUUUAUGGCUGUAAAGAAUUUGAACAAACUCAUUUAAUCUAACUAUAGUUACCAUUAUAUUCAACAUAAGUUGUUUUAUUGUUCUGAAUUCAGUUUAUAGUUUCUUUGUGCCUUAACCAUUCAUCCUCAUUGAACUACUGUAGUGCAAAUAAGAUUUUCAGUGUUUCAGCUAUAAAGGAAGACUUUAUCACGAAAGGCCUCUAAAAUUUUAAGACAAGAGCUAAACAAAAGAUUAUUCAGUUUCUAAAUAGU